AUGCGUGAUACCUAUGUGUGUGCCUUCGCGGCUCAAACCCGUUCGUGUGUAUAUGCCAACGUCCCCAUACAAUGGGUCUGCGAGAACUUUGAGGAGUCCUGUUUGCGUUCCUUGGCGUCCGCCUAUAGUCCCGAUAACGAUAUCGUGGUUGUGGCGCCGAACCGGCUUCUUUGCUAUCGGCUGCGGUACGCCAAGAUCCUCGAACGUACAACGAUCUUUAUCGAGCAGGGGGCCGAUGGGGCGGUGUGUUUACGGGGCGCAGCUAACGGUUCCGAACCAUUUCGUUGUCUCCUUGAGGGAAAAUCCGUUGUCGAAGCGGAUCCAUUGAUUAGUGCGUUGCUCGAUGAGGCUUUGCGUCUUCAUGAACUCAGCAAUGGCUACAUUUCAAGUAUUAGUGUACUAGAGUCUGCUUUGUCUUGGCUUCAUCGGCAAGGCAGGGCGUAUCAACAGCAUUGCGCCUUAUCAGCCUUGACAGGAGAAACACAGCUGCCAGGGGGAUCGCUGCUCGGGAGUGAAGACGUAGAGGACGUCCACGACGCCGUCGACGAGACUCCCGGCUUGUUCACGCCAGGGGUAAAACCCACAACGCACCUUCACAUGGUCUUCUCGCCGAACGCCCGGGCCACACGACCACUCAGCUUCGAUCUCAGCGGAAGCUAUCGUAGCGCAUCCCAGGCGAAUCGAUCUGGGCAAACCCUAGGAAGCCUUCUGCUGCCUGGAAGUUUAACCAAGUACGCGAGCGGGUAUGCGGAGUCUUUGCGCACCUCGAGCGGUUUGGUCUUCUCUGUGACCUCACCCUCCGAGUGGUAUGAUCUGGAGACCACUUUAUCGCCUCCAUGUGCACAAGAGCGCGAUAACGGACGGAGCAGUGGAUUGUUCCGUUCACUUUGCUCUGCUCCCUCGCUUCUUCAGUCACAAAAACACCACUGGAAGGAUAACGACGAUAGGGAUCAGAACUUUUUGGACUGGAAUCCAUAUGCAAGCCAACUUCAUCGAUUUAUCUCUGAGGCUUACUCGGAGUAA